AGCAGGCUAUGUGAUUUGGGACGUAGCCAAGACUGGAUGUAGACACUGGAUUAAGCUCCGUCCCUGCUCUUUCACACGUCAGCAUAAUUUCCCACAGCGGUGUGGGGAAUGAGCUUUUGUGUCUUGUCUCUCGUCAUGCGUCUCACAUCAGAUGCGUCCCGGUGAUCGUGUGGCUGCUGUAACACUACGCUGUGAGCAAGGCGCGUGCUGCUGUCAGAUUCCUGCGCUACCGUAAGCAUCCUAUGGUCUUCUGCACAAGAUGGCGGAGCAGAGCACGGAAAAGGACGCGAUAAAGGCAACCGAGGAUGAUCAUCUUAACAAUUCAUUAGGAGACUCUGGCUUGAUCUCCCCUGACAAAGAGAAUAUCUCACGAAUCCUGACAGUGCCGUUCAAAGGCCGGAUCAGAGGAGGUAUGAGGCCUGGUAAGAAAAUCAUAGUCAUGGGCAUCGUGGAUGCAGAGCCAGACAGCUUUGACGUCAGUCUAACCUGUAGCUGCAACACUGAGAAGGACGAGGAGGAGGUCUCAGAUGUGGCCCUGAAACUUAGCGCCCGAUUUGCUGAACGUCAGUUCUUACGGAAUGCAAAGAUUUCUGGGAAAUGGAGUGAAGAGGAGGCAGCCAUUCCAUAUUUCCCCUUCAUUCAGGACCAGCCAUUCAGGAUUGAGAUCCAUUGUGAACACCAGCGUUUUAGGAUCUUUGUCGAUGGACAUCAGCUGUUUGACUUUUAUCACAAAGUGAAGUCUUUGCUGACCAUUGAUAUGAUCAGGAUAGAUGGAAGUCUGCAGAUCACCAAGCUAGGUUAAUCCAGCACACCGGUGCACGUUCUAGAGAGGACUUCUGACAGGUGACCAAACCUAACUUUGUCUGGUGAUAUUUUUGAAGGCCUGAGAGGUUCUGCUUCAUCAAACACAUCAUGGCUACCCACAUUCCUUUACUCUGUUCUUUUUUUCCUCUGUAUCCCAUUUUCUGUCUGCACAUCUUUGUAGGUUGAUAUGUAACGUGUGAAUCUUUGCCGUGUCAGCUGUGUGUCUCUUUAGGUGUUUAUACAAUUAAACAAGCUUGUUGUUUUGACUGCUUGAGGGACCUUGUGUAAUUGCUCGAUAAGGUACUGCCUGCUCCUGCAUAGUGUUGGAUUGAAACAGAGGUACACACAAAGAGUUUACACGCAAACUUACAUAAGCUAAGAAUUUCAUGUAUUACCUAUCUAAGUGCUGACAGUUUUAUUAGUAGGCAACAAUGAUCGUAGAAUUUUAUGAUUGACAGAUAUGAAUAACUGCUGUUUAUUGCAACCAUUCUUUUUUUUCUGGGAUAAAUAUCUUGCACUGACUUGAUGCAGAAUGUAGUACAUUAUGGAACAGUUAGGUGUUUUAUUAAUAUCAUUGGAAAUGAUGGCAGGUGUAACUGGCCAUUUAACUGAAAAUCCUAGAAAAGGGUCAAAUGGCCCCUUUACUUUUUUUAGUCAUGUUUUGUACAUUGUACAUUAUCAUGAAAAAAUCACCUGCUGUUUACAACCUCUCUUAUUUGAGCUUAGUGAUAAUAAUAACAAUGAUUGUAUUUUAAUUAAUUCUUCUAAGAAUGUAACAUGAUCCAUGCUGAUAACUUGGCUAAUAGGGAAGAGAUGGAGAAGAAGAUGAAGAUGAAGCAGGCUCAGCAUCAAUUAUCUUGACUAACAUACUGUUCCCUUAAACCCUCAUGUCAUUCCUUACAAAGCUAUUUCCUGGACCUUAUGGCCAAGGAAUAGCAUUCUUUUGUGUGUCCUCUAUUUCUGUCAUAUAUUCAAGAUGUCUUUGUGAUUUCCUGUCUCUCCUUAGAACAUUAAGUACAAUGUUGGUUUUCCCCCAGAUGGAAGGGCAUAUGUUCACACAACUGUUCCCUUAUUACCCUGCACCUGCUUACAUAUAGUUGUAACAUGGAAAUUAUGGUGAUUA